AUGAGUGGUACCUUCACACCCGAGCAGCGCAUUCACAUUGUUGAUGCAUUUGCCUGCACCCUUUACCACCGUGUCAAACAGCACCCUACCCAAAACGACAUCGCUGAUAUAAUUGGAGAACUGCAUGGCAGCCUUCGACGGCUAACUGUCGAGGCUAGCGAUCUCAACUCCCUUCUACGAGACCCGCGAAGUGCUUACUCUGGUCAACUCCUCGCAGUCAUCGACGACUGUGAUGGCACUCUAAGACAUCUUCAAUAUACACUCAACCACCAAGGCCGAGCGUUAGGUGUCAUUAGAUCACAGUUGUGGAGUAGGAUCUCGACCAUCAAUAGGCUGAUCGACGCCGUUCAGAUGCAGCACCAUCGGGGCAUGCAGACAACUCCGAGACCACCAAGAGGAGGGCGCCGGGAUUCGAAAGACUCAAUCCCACGGCCUGGUUCUCGGAACGAUCAUUCAUAUUAUCCAACUCCAACCAUUUCCAAAUCGAAGACGGCUCCUCCCCCAAUUCCUCCCAAGAUCCCUCUCGACAAACCAUACAACCAAGUUGGAGAUCCUCCAUCGUCAGAGCCAGAUAACGCGGGCUAUUCAUAUAUUCUAACGACAUCGAUUUCAACAAACGACACAACUGCCGAAGACAAUAUGGAUCUCCGCUUUGUCAGGUCGCCAUCACGUUCCCAGUUCCAUCAUAGAAGAGGCAACUCCCUCCCAAUCGGGCGAAUGGACACUCCAUUCAUACCUAGGGACUCUUAUGUUUCAACGCAUCUCUCUGAGCUUCCAGCAAUUGAACCUGGCCUGGCACCUGAUAGUCGUGGCCAACCAAUCCCUUUGAACGCUGAAUGGACCAAAAUUGACCGCGACAUUGUCAGUCCUGGUGUUCUUGAAUUUGCUGGGGUCAGAUAUGAAGCAAGGCCCUCAUACGUCGCAGUGCUCGGGCGGCUUUCGAAGGAUCAAGUUUCUGCGUUUGCUAGGCAGACUGCCAAUUACCGAGCUGGGAGACCCAUCCAUCCUGAAGACUGGCAGCUCUUUAGUGCCAAAGGAAGGGUACCCAAGACACAAAGGAGGACAUCCGAUGGCAGCAACAGUAGUAACGCUGAAUCUAUCUCAUCGCGUGCGACUGUUGAUCCUCGUAGGAAGAGGCGUUCAACUACCGGCGACGUGCCUCCCAAGUCAGUUCUGAAGAAGCGAAGCAUGAACAGGGUUCGGUUCGACCCUAACCCUGAAGAAAUCAAACCCAAAACAAGUUCAGUACAAGACGAUCGAGAGAAGGCCCACCCCAGCCGAAGCCAAAGCUACGAUGAACGGGAUCACAUUUACGAACUAUCAGGGGGCUCACCUCCCCGCCGUCCUCGGAGUGCCUCUCGUGCUAGUAGCCUGAAUGACCGACCCCGCAGCUACUCGUACGAUGUCGACCAUGACUACUACUCUCCGAGCUCGGGAUAUGAUGAUUAUGAUCGACGAUCUUACCGAAGUGAUGGUAGGAGGUCGAGACUAAGUAUCAGUGGCACUGCUAAUCGUUUGCUCUCUGCCCUGAGCAGCAAGGGCAGUAGCCAGAACCAGAGCAGAAGAGACAGAGACUUGGCCUACAGUUAG